CAGGUAGACAGCUGCCAUGUGGAAUUGGGUGAUCUUUGUCAAUCUUUGGCUUCUGCUAGUCCUCGAUGCAAGCUGGGCGCAGCGGCAGGUGCCCUGCCGCAAUCCGAUGUUUAAAUCCUGUCAUCAUUAUUGCAAGGAAAAUUGCCCAGGAGAGGGCGUCGAUUGCGUCUACAACUGUGAAAGCAACUGCGGCUGCAAGCCAGCGUAUUUGUUGCGCAAUAAUGGCGGUUGUUUCAAAAUGAAAAGAUGCAGAGUCGAUGAUAAAUCUAUGGAGCUAUUUAAAAUGAUGCCCGCGCCUUGCAAGGACGAAGUGAAGGAACCCAGACUGGCAAAUGGCGAUGAUUUAUUGAAUCUAUUUGAAUUCGAGCCGCUGGAUCCCCACGGAAAAUAAUUGUGAAUAAUGAAUAAAUAAAUAAUCUACAUACAUAUA